UUUUUUUUGAACAAUAUUACAUUUUCAUUAAAAAAAAACAUAUAUAGUGUUGGGCCGAUUCCGGCCUGAGCAGCCCGGUCCGGUUCUUGAAUGUUUGGUCCAGAAGGAAUUAACGUUAUAAAUCAGGAGGUUUAUGACCGAUUUUUUAAACUGGACCCAAUUCUCGAGUUAGAGUGGACCGGGCCAGAUCCGUACCGGCCCACUCUACACCUUGAACUCGUAUUACUAAAUAAUACUUGGAUCUGAAAUUGCGAAAACCCUCCGAAGUAGAAACUCCAGCGAGAAACGUCUGACUUCCCUCGGCAUACUUCGAUCGAUUCUCCCAACAAGGUCUGUUUAUCGCAAUUGUUUACGCUGUUUGGCGAGACAUGGCAACAGGCGGAGCUGGUCCACAGCGAGGCACUGCUGCUGCAGCGGCAGCUAAUCUUCGUAGACGGAGAACAGGUGGCGGAGGCGCAGGAGGAGCUGGCGGAGCCGGUGGGACAAUGCUCCAAUUCUACACGGAUGAUGCCCCGGGACUCAAGAUUUCUCCCAACGUCGUUCUUGUCAUGAGCAUUGGUUUCAUUGCAUUUGUCGCCAUACUUCACGUCGUCGGUAAGCUUUACUUUGUCCGCAAAGACUAGAGUUUAGUGGUUGAUCGACUCUUUGUUUUUGUUUUAUUGAGAAAGUGUGGUUUUUUUUUGUUUGGUUGCUUCGUUUGGAUCCCUUUCGAAUGUUUAAGAUAUAUAUAUUUAUUUGUGGGAUUCUUUUUAUUAUUUGAACUAUGAAUUGGAAUGAAUUAUCA